GCGGAGUUCUCAGUCCUCGCGCUGGCCGAGGUAGUAGAAGUAUGAAAGUACUUUGUUCAUCUCGCCAAGAAGUACAUCAACACUGAAUGAUCUUGAGGAACUACAACUAGCCAAUUUUUCCUCGAAACAAGAUGGCGGUCUCCUCCUGCUGUCUCGCAGCCGCAUGGGGCACCAGCUGAGGAGUGCUGCACGACGGCUAGGGCUGCGGCUAUUCCUAUCCUGAGCGAAAACGUCCCCAACCCAAAGUGAAGAUGGAGACAUCGCAACAGAAAUCGAGAAGUUUUGGCAGUCAAGCAUGACAAGUUCCUGUCUGUAUUGUAGUGGAGUUUAGCAAGUACAGCCGCAACACAAAUCCAUCUCCUCAUCCUGUUUACAGAAUUACAAAGUUCAAAACACAGUCGGAAAUAAUGCCUCUCAUGGGGAUGCGCAUUACAACUCUUCUUGUAACUGCAAAUCUGCAUGACAACUAUGGGGUGGGAAUGUUUUUACUCAGGAUAAUUCCCACCUGUGCAGCUUUAUGGGCCCCGCCUUUCUCCAUGGUCUUCAACGAGGACCCAGUCGUGCAUGCUCAAGACGAAGUCGAUUUAUUUUUACGCGGGAGAAGACAUUUGGCCGCUGCGUGGUAAGAAGCAGGCGCGGCUUCGGAGGUCGUUUUGAGACGUUUAUUUUCAGGGCGUUGUUUGAGUUUGUGCAGGACGUCGAGCAGACUCAGACAUUCAUCUGUUUCCUCGCAAGGUCCUCGCUCUUGCUCCUCGCGGCAAGACACAGGAUGGCCGUCUGGUUCAUAUCGACUGCAAAUAUAUGUCUAUGUCAGGAGGGUCUGGAGUGAGUGUUGCAAGAUUUGUCAUGCUAGUCUGGCACGACUCUGUGCUCUGUAUUGCGUAGGGCCAUCGGAACAGUGUAUCUCGCCUGUCAUGCAAAAACGCAUCUUCGCAUGCAAAAUGCGCAGGAGCAACGAAGCACGCGAAAACUUUUCAUGCUUGGCUGCGCAUUACAGUUAACUUAUUGCAGCUCACUGACUUGCAUCACAAGUUUCCAGACAUCCAGGCAUAUUUGCAUUUGAUGGCUUCAGACGCCGUACCAGGCCGUCCGGGAUCAGCUCCGCUACAAGUUUCGGGCUAUCUAUGGAUGUGUCAGAGUUGAAAUCGACAAAGUUGAAAUAAUUUGUGAUGCAUAAAAUCUAUACCAGUUGGACCCACAGUUUCCAAUCGGCGCAUGACAAAUUUUCCUGGCCUCUGAAGCAAGUCUGUCAUGCUGUUUAGGGCAAGAUGGCUGCUCCCUGUCAUGCUAGUCAGCAGCCCAAUUCUUGACCCCUACCAGCACUAGAAUCUGCCUCCCUUGCGCCUUCAGCAAUAGAGUCAGUCUUUGUGUCGCAUUUUAUGCAUGGCAAAUCAUUUCAACUUUGUCGAUUUCAACUCUGACACCUCCAUACUAUCUGCCUGAUCUUUUCCAUUUUACAUCAGGAGUGGAGCUGGCUGAGCGGGGUGAAUAAAGACGAUCAUGACGCUCCUGACACUAGUCCAUCAAGAUCAAGAACACGGCGGCGCUCCUGCAUGGGGGUCGGUCUAGUCUUUGCUACAGAGGUGGAAGAGGAGGAGCAAAAUCACGACAGCGGUUUGAUGCAAAAACAUCAACCCGCAGCUGGUGCGAGGAUCAUAAGAAAUAGAAAUUCAAACAUCGGUACUAGUAGUAGGAACGGCCUGGCUUUAUUUCUCUUUGGUGGUAGUAGAGAUCAUUGAUCAUUUUUGAUGAAAUCUACUUGCUCAGCAUUCCGUUGAAGAUGAAGCCAAGCUCUGUCUCUCUCUCUCUCUGAGGAAGCGUUGUUUCCUUUGUCCUGUAGUGGUCUGACGAAAUAAAUUGUAGCUGUGGCUGAGGUCCAGAAAACCGCUCUUUUUGAAGCUGUCCCUACCGUGUAAGAUUUUUCCGUGUAAGAUUUAAAGCUCGCUGUCCGCCGUGUAUGAUUGAAAAACUUAGAAGGCAGCAGCUCAUCAU